AUGAAGGUCUUCUUGGCCAUUCUUGCUUGGGUGGCAUGCUGCGCAGCUCAAGAACCAGGCGAUGACUCAGGCAGUUGCAUGACCCUUCUACAGGUGACGCAUGAACGGUUAAGAUCAAAUUCCACAGACCGACAAGACAGCGGCAAAGAGCCGUCAGCAAAGCCUACCUUGAAAAAUGGUGUCAGGAGGCACCGUGUUGAGCAUGUGCCGAUGCUUUCAGAGCAGCCCUUCUGGUGGAUGAUGGCCGGGCUGAUUAUCUUAGUGACCGUCGUGGUGAUCAGGAUGGAAGUUCAAGAACGUCCUGCACCAGCGGACACAGCCGAGACUGCUAUAGAAAGCCAGGCCUCCAAAGAAACGAGGGAGAAGGGCAUGAAACCUUCGACUCCCUCCGAUGACUCCGCAGCUGCACGAGCUGAGGCAGAAGCUGCCGAAAUGGAGAUGUUCUACUCGCCAGCGAACUUGAAGAGGCUUUGCUUCUGCUUCCUGGCCCUGAACACUUGCAUGAUCCUGUGGGGGAUCGCACAGGAGUUCAUCAUGACGAAUGUGUACGUUGGAAGAAAUGGUGACAAUCUGCAGAUUCCCAGUGCACUGUUCCUGGUGCUGUGCAAUCGAGCAUCAGCGGCCAUCUUCUCAGCUCUCAUCCUCACCAUUCGGCAAAAGCAGCUAUUCUUUGACGGCUGCAUCGACUCGUUGCCUCCAGCGGUGAGCAACAGCCUGGCCUCGUGGUGUCAAUACUCUAGUCUUUCCUACAUCUCAUUUGGAUUGCAAACCACAGCGAAGAGUACCAAGAUUCUUCCAGUAGUCAUUAUAAGCUCUCUUCGAGGGAAGCUACACUCUCUGACUGACUAUGCAGAGUGCAUCGUGUUGACGGCAUCCUGCUUCGUCUUUGGCCACGAAAGCGAGACUGCCUUCGACAGCAGCACAACAUCGACAGGACUUAUCCUGUUGAUCAUCUACAUCAUGUGCGAUUCGCUGACGCCUCACCUGCAAGAUGUCCUCUUCACCAAGCACAAGGACGUCGAUGUGGUACAGGCCACUUUGGCGAUGUCCUGCUUCGCCCUAGCUUUCAUUACUGCUGAGCUGCUCCUGAGUGGUGCUAUGUUCUCAUCGAUCAACUUCAUUUGGCAAUGUCCAGAGGCACUAACGCACAUGCUGGUUCUCUCUCUGGCGUCGACGGUGACCCAGUACAUGAUAUCCUACACAAUCAAGCAUUUUGGUCCGGUGGUCUACACUCUUAUUGCCUCCACGCGACAAGUGCUUUCAGUGCUGGUAUCAUGCAUGCUGUUCCAGCAUGACAUGUCAGGCCUUAGCAUUGUGGCGAUGUUCAUCAUUUUCGGUACUUUAAUUGUUCGAGCCGUUCGACCGCUCGCAAAAGAUCACCAAGAGUUGGUGUCCGUCGAGCCGGAAGCCUUUCAGAGAGUGCCAAUGUUGAACUUUUCGGCAAGGCUGUCGCGAUUCUCGCCACUGUUCGUAUGCACGAUGGCCAUCCACGUCGUGUACUUGGUAUAUUCUUUGUUGCAGGAGUUUCUGUCCAGCCACACUUUUGAAAGCGACCUGUUCAACUUUCCUCUAACGCUCGUUGCUCUGAGCCACUCUGCCGGCGCUUUGCUUUCACUGGCUGCGCUCUGUGCCAGCGGGCACCAAGUUGUUGCCCCAGGCAUGGUAGGCACACUUCUUCCUGCCACUACAGACUUGGUGGCUACAUCCCUCCAGCACGCGGCGCUGUACCUGAUGUUCUUCCCAGCGCAGUCUUUGAUGAAGACGCUCAAAGUGCUUCCUGUCAUGCUCGUUGGGAGCUGUCUGCAGAACCGAGUCUACAGCCGCCUGGACUACGUGGAAGGCUUUCUGCUGACCUGCUUUGUGGCGUUCUUUGUGUGGGACUUUCAGAUCCACGAAGCGGAAGAGGUUGAAAAGAAGAUGUCAAUGGCUGGCAUUUUUAUGAUGGUUGGUUACCUGACCGUGGACUCUUUUACCAGCAACUUUCAGGAUCACAUAUACCAGACGACUGGACUUGAGCCUGGCCACAUGCUUCUGGGAAUGGAGUCGAUCUCGGGAGUAAUGGCCUGGAUACUGACGAUCGUCUCCGGUGAACUUCCUGUCGCCUUUCAGUUCAUCCGCUCGCAUCCAGAGAUAACUUUCUUUCUCACGAUCUUUGCUAUGGCAGCUGCUGUUGGUGCCUUCAGCUGUGUGCUGACUGUUCGACUGUUUGGGCCAGCGGUGUUUACUCUUAUCAUGACAUCCCGUGCCAUCAUGAGCCUGUUGCUGUCGGUGAUUUGCUUCCAGCACGAGGUGGCUUGGGAAGAGUGCCUAUGCCUCAUCGUUGUGUCGCUGGUCAUGCUGAUCUCCUCAACACGUCGAGUAUCGGUGGCAGCCUCGGUCCUCAGUACACUCAAAAGAGCGCCGACACAGCCUCCUCCCGACGAUGGAGUUGACAGUGGGGACAAAUCUGGACGUGUUGAGGAGAUCAAUUCUUUGCCAGCUCUUUCCAAGGCGCAGCUUCGCCAGCUGGACCUGUCCAAGCACGGUGAAAGUCGCCUUUCACUGACGGGACGCUAUGCAAAGCCGGAUCGAGAUCUUUGCACACGUGCUAUGGACAAGCUAGUCGUCAUGCAUGUGCUUGACGAAUUCCGGGAUCGAUGCCAUUCUGUUGCCCGCGCCGGGCUGGAGCAACAGCGGCAACGGCGGGAGUGGACGGCCUCGAGUGCCGUCUAUGUCUCGGAGACCGCCUCAGUCUUUGCGAGCGAGGUGGCAAGCUUGGAUGAGGAUCAGGUUCACGUGGAAAUCGCUUGGAAAAAGGCGAUCCUGAUCCGUUUGCUCCUGUGCCGAAGGCCUGUCCAGAGCUUCGCGGUGCUGCCCGAUACGUCGAAGCUUUCCUCAGAUGUGUCUGCGUCCCAGCAAGCACACAAGGCGGCUCAGUAUGUCGUUGUGGAUCAGAGCUCAACUCCGACAAGCACCGACUGCGCAGAGGACGACAGCAGCUUCUGCGCAAUCGCACUUUAUCCUUUUGAUCCCACAGCGCUCGGUGGAACCGAGCCUGGAAAUUUCUUGGCGCUUGGAGUUGGGCAGUUGAUGCAGGUCACUCAUGAUUCACGAAGCGGCUGGUUCUGGGGACAUCCGGCUACCGAGCCGGAGAAGCGUGGCUACUUCCCCAAGAGUCAUGUGGUGUCCUUCGCGGCUUUCUGCAAGCUGCAGCGGAUGUACUAUGCCAAACCAAAAGGGCUGUGA